UUGAUAAUUUCUGUCAGUUAUCUUCUUUAAUUCAUUGAAUUCAAUGGUAGAAAAUUAAAAAAAUGUUUGAGAAGUAAAAUGGAUUGUGUGUCACACCCUUCAUAUAAACAAAAGAAGAAACGAAACUUCCGACGCGGUGGGCUGCGACUUUGACCGAAUGAGAUUCCUCCGUCCGCAGCUCCUCCGUCUUCCUCCCAAACCGUUUACCUUUCUUUCUUUCUUCUCCAAAACUAGCAAGCUGAGAUUUCAACCUAUCUCUCUAAGAAGCAGCGGCAUGCUUUUCCAAACGCAAUCUGCAAUUUAAUCAAACAGCCACCGAAUUUUCUGGAAUCCGGUCAACGCAGAGAUGCUUCGGAUUUUGAUCGGUCAACGCCAGCUGCUUACCUGAGCUCCAACAGACCCAACAGUGAUGACGUCUUCCACCUCUGUUUCUGUUUGGCUGAUUCUGCUGUUUGGCUUCUUUCACCUCCACAAGCUUGCUGCCAAUGUCGAAGGUAUGUAUCUGUGUGUCAUUGAAUUUGGGAGUGUUUGGUUGUGGGAACCGGAAUGAACUAAUGAAUGAAUGAAUGACUGGAAACAUUCCCGAAGAGCUUGGGGGUUUGUCAGACUUGGUGAGCUUGGAUCUUUACUUGGCAAGCUUGCAAAACUGCGUUUCCUUCCCGUGAGUUUCAAGAUUCACAAGAGGGGAACAUCCAAUCAUUGCAAGUCCCGGAUCUUUCAAAUAACAAUCUGACAGGGGAUAUUCCAGUUAAAGGAUCUUUUUCACUUUUUACUCCCAUCAGUAAGAGGGAGGAGAGGGUAAUAUAGCUUGAUCAAGUUGGUGUUGUAGUUGUUGUAUGGGAUGCAGGUUUCACUCAUCUACUGUCUUUGCAGCUGAGGAGGAUCGAGAAGUUCAUUUACGACAGCUCAAAAGGUUUUCUUUGCGCGAGCUACAAGUUGCGACGGAUACCUUUAGCAACAAAAAUAUUAUUGGUAGAGGUGGAUUUGGUAAGGUUUAUAAAGGAUGCUUAGCUGACGGAACUCUGGUUGCUGUAAAAAGACUUACAGAGGAGAGAACCCAAGACGGGGAACAACAGUUCCAAACAGAAGUUGAAAUGAUUAGCAUGGGUGUCCACCACCGCAAUCUGCUUCGUCUGCAUGGUUUUUGCAUGACAUCAACAGAAAGGCUGCUUGUAUAUCCUUAUAUGGCUAAUGGAAGUUUGGCAUCUUGUUUAAGAGAUCGCCCAAAAGGACAACCUGCAAUUGAUUGGCCAAUAACACAACGCAUUGCAUUGGGAUCUGCAAGAGGUCUUGCUUAUUUACAUGAUCACUGUGAUCCAAAAAUUAUUCACCGUGAUGUGAAAGCUGCAAACAUAUUGUUGGAUGAGGAAUUCGAAGCUGUUGUUGGAGAUUUUGGGUUGGCUAAACUCUUGGACAACAAGGAUGCAUAUGUUACCACACAUGUAUGUGGCACAAUUGGUCAUAUGGCACCGGAGCACUUUUCAACUGGAGUGUCUUCCGAGAAAACUGAUGUUUUUGGAUACGGAGUCCUGCUUCUUGAACUCAUCACUGGGCAGAGGGCUUUCAAUCCUCAGGUUGUGAGUGAUGAUGAUUUCAUGUUAGUUGAUUGGAUUAGGUCAAACGACUACUGAAAGAUCGGAGGUUGGAAAGACUUGUUGAUGCUGAUCUAAAUGGAAAUUAUAUUGACGAUCAAGUGGAGCAGCUGAUCCAAGUAGCUCUACUGUGCACACAAGGCUCCCCAGGGAAACGGCCCAAGAUGUCAGA